AUGGAGGAUCAUGCUAGUACAGGAAGGCCGGCAGCUGUGGCUGACAUACUGCAGCUUGGCAAUGAUGCUGAGACUGUUGUGCGCCUCGAAGGCAAGUUUCUGUGCCGUGAUGCGGUACUGUCGAUGCCUAGUGUGCGUUUGACGAUCCCGUCGACGGGGAGUGUAAAGUUAUCCGAACGCUCCUCCGCAGCGGCCAAUUCGGACGUCUGUUACAUUCACGAACUACACGACGAAGUUAUCUUUAUUCUUAUGUCGUUUCUUGGUCGGCCCGAAACUGCUUUCCACACGAUUGGUUCGCUGAGUCGUCGCCUGCGCACGGCUGUCACAAACGAGGAGUUAUGGCAGGAGUUCUUCGCCAGGAGAUUCAAAGGCAAGCUUAAUUCACCGUCCACCUGGCGCUACAGUCGUGCUGAGGUGCCCCCGGUCCGCCCCGCGCUUCCUCUAUGGCUUUCCCUGUCGCCGACGCCGCACUCCCAGACAACGGCAUGCUCGUCCCCCACGUCGUCUCUCCCAGCUCCCUCGUCUUCAGGCGCGUGUAGACACGGCGAAGCAGAGGGGGGCAGCCAGUGUCAUUCUCCUGAGUGCCGCCUAUCGCCGCUGUGGUGCAGCGACAAGCUGCUGCCGACAGCCCUUUGGAUAUCUCUUGCUGAUCAGGGAGACGCGGGGCCUCCCACAUGCGCCACUCGCGACUCAGUACCUGAGAGCGCUUUCGAGGAUUCGCGUUGCGUCGCCGCCGAGCAAAUGGGGACCGGAGUUUUGGUCUCGUCGUUGUCUCCUCGAACGCGCUCCAUGCAUCCUCCGUAUUCUUCCCAUGAUACCUCGCGUGUGUCCGCGUGGCCGCCUUCGAUGUGUUGUUUUGAGCAAGUCUUUUCUCCGCGUCGCUCUUCGCCUGAGCUCGCCCUGGACAGUGCCCUCGAGUGCAUGGGCGUGCCCUCCGGGGGAAAGUGCUGGCGAGGCAAGUAUCUUUUGAAGCACUCUCUGGAAAGGAAAUUCGCAAGAGGACAGUUCGACAUGCAGCGGACGUGGUUUGUGGGCCACCCGACGCUGCGUCCGGCAGGUUCUGGGAGCGGGGCGGACGCUCUCAACGAUCCCAGCCACUGGAGUCAUGCGAGUGUUGCAUCACCGAGAUCAAAGUUAACGGACCACAGUAGCGGCAAACGAGGCAUUUUGUUGGAGAGAAAAGACACUCUUUCUUCGUCGUGUGUGUUAUCGAAACUGGCGUACCUUCAUCACCAUCACCCCAGGCAUCUCUGUCACUUCCAGCAUUUGCGUUCUCGGCGACACAGCAACGGCCACGAUCUGGCGUACCAACCGCGCUUGAUCGGAGCGCUGGCGGCUUCUCCAGGCGUGUGUACAGACUCCUCGCCUGCGGGCCCUCCUCCAGUGUGUGUCCUCAGCCUUCGAUUUUUCUGCGACGGCGCUGGGUUACUUUACGCGGCUAGGGCAGGCGGCGUCGGAGCAUUCUGCCCUGAUCGGGGGUGUCAUUUGAGAACAUUUGCGCUCCGUAGAGAAGUGCGAGAUGAAAGGGCGGGAUCAACGAGAGCAAGAAGCCGUGUGGAUAGGCGGGUUCGUGCUGGCUCAGUGGUGAGGAGGAGAGUAACGCAUAACCGAAGAGACGGAUUGCUCAUGCAGCACGGGAGCCAUAGCGAAACAGGCACUGAUGAGCAUGACAGUGUCGAAGAAGAUAGACUUCAGAAAGAAGGUGCAGAGCAUGCUGGACGGACAGAGGGACGAGGACAAGUGCAUGCUUCUGACUCAUCUGCGCUUGCCCUUUGCGUAGCGCAUACCAUCGAUGACGCGCUUAGCCGAUGUGGAGACUUCCAGGAUCGGCCGUUGGCCUGCCGCAGGGCAGGACUCCUUGCUGAGACAGUCAAUUUUGAACGUCAACGCCCUCUUGUAGUUGGCGGCUACAGUGAUGGGAAAGUCGGUGUAUGGGACUAUUGUCAUCCUGAACGCGUGCUCGAGACCCUAGAAGUCACGGCACAACUACAUCGUGGUCGCUCUGCGGUAAAGAGCGUUUGCGCUGUUGCUGGAGGUUUCAGAGGGGGAGGAGGCUGUGAUAUCCUGGCCGGAGCCGAGGACGGAGGGGUAGCGCUCCUUACUGCUGACCGAGCAGAUAUUGGUGUCAUCCAGCGUCUCCGUGGCCACACAGCUGCAAUACAGUCCAUCGCAUGUGACACCCACAGCGGCAUAGUCUUCACUGCAUCACGGGACAGGUUCGUUCAUGUCUUCGAUAUCCGCGCGGGCGAGCUGCCGGUGGCGUCGUGCGGCCGACAUGACGAUUGGGCGAUGUGUGUUCACAUUACGGACGGUCUAGGCGAUCAUGUAUUCGAGACUGCUGACAGAGCUGUGCACACGUGGGACUUGCGACGGUUGAUUGGUGACGGCGGGGGGCGUGGCGGCGCUUCAGCCCGGACUGCGACGGCACUCGUGGAGAGGCAUCGCCACAAGCAACUUAUCAGCGGAAUGCGACUGGAUGCAUUUCGCCUAGUCAGCUGCUCUCUGGACGGCUGCGUCUUGCUUUCGAGCCUGGAGAAUCGCAGCCUGAGCACGCCAGGGGAGGACACAGUCCCGCAGCACACAGACUUUAGCGUUUUAAGGCAACGGGGAGAAACUCAGUGGAUGCUAGGAGUGGACUUCGCUGAAACUAAAAUGGUGACGGCGACCGUUGACGGGGCGAUUCAGAUCUACCACCUGCUCCACCUCCAUACCCUUCCUGGCUGCUUCGUGUACAACUGA